GGGUGCUGUGGGGCAGCGCUGGGUGCUGUGGGGCAGGUCGGGGUGCUGUGGGGCAGCGCUGGGUGCCGUGGGGCAGGUCGGGGUGCUGUGGGUGUCUCUGUAGCGGUGACUGAUCGGGGCGGCGCCAGCGCUGGGGGCGGACUAUUUGAGCGGAGCCUCCGCUCCUCAGAGCCGCGGCCGCCGCCGGAGCACUUGAGCGGCGGCUUCUCGCUCUCCGCCCGCAGGAGGAGGAAGAGGAGGAAGAAGAGGCUUCGCUGCCGCCUCUCCGCUCCUGCGCCCCUCUUCCCCUUCCGCCCCACACCUUUAUGGACGAGCGCCGGAGCUUGCUCCACUCUCCGGCUGCCUCCUCCUGCAGCCGCCAUCCGCGGGGCGGCUCGACCAGCAGCCACCACAACCUGGGCUACACCGAGCCGCUGCCCCCCGCCGCCCCGCAGCCGGCCCCCGAGCAAGAGGAGGAAGAAGGUGACGAAGGGGAGGAAGGCAGCAUGACCGUGGUGGGAGGAGGAGGCGGCGGCGGCGGCGACCCUUUGCUGGAGGAGCCUCAGCAGCAUCCUCACCCUGCGCUGGGGGGGGAUCGCUACGAUCACCCCCAGGCUCCGGCCGCCGUCCCCACGGGUCAGCCCGCGGGCGGGGGGGAGCACGAGUGCUGCGAGCGGGUGGUGAUCAACAUCUCGGGGCUGAGGUUUGAGACCCAGCUGAAGACCCUGGCGCAGUUCCCCGAUACACUGCUGGGGGACCCUCGGAAGAGGAUGCGCUACUUCGACCCCCUGCGCAACGAGUACUUCUUCGACCGAAACCGGCCCAGUUUCGACGCCAUCCUCUACUACUACCAGUCGGGUGGGCGCAUCCGGAGGCCCGUCAACGUCCCCAUCGACAUCUUCUCCGAGGAGAUCCGCUUCUACCAGCUGGGGGAGGAGGCCAUGGAGAAGUUCCGGGAGGAUGAGGGGUUCAUUCGGGAGGAGCAGCGACCGCUUCCCGACAAGGAGUUUCAGCGCCAAGUGUGGCUCCUCUUUGAGUAUCCCGAGAGCUCUGGGCCAGCCCGAGGCAUUGCUAUUGUCUCUGUCCUGGUCAUCCUUAUCUCUAUUGUCAUCUUCUGUCUGGAGACCCUGCCAGAGUUCAGGGAUGACCACGACUAUGAGGGAACUGGGGGGACAUUUGGAAUGGGUGGUGGUCCUCUCCAACCUGAUGUCUUCACCAACUCCUCGUCCCCAGCUACUUCCAUGGUGUCAUCCUUCACCGACCCUUUCUUUGUGGUGGAGACUUUGUGCAUCAUCUGGUUCUCCUUUGAGCUGCUGGUCCGUUUCUUUGCCUGCCCUAGCAAGGCCACCUUCUCCAAGAACAUCAUGAACAUCAUUGACAUUGUGGCCAUCAUCCCCUACUUCAUCACGCUGGGCACCGAGCUGGCUGAGAGGCAAGGCAACGGCCAGCAAGCCAUGUCCUUGGCCAUCCUCAGAGUCAUCCGGCUGGUCAGGGUCUUCCGUAUCUUCAAGCUGUCCCGGCACUCCAAGGGGCUGCAGAUCCUGGGGCAGACCCUCAAGGCCAGCAUGCGGGAGCUGGGCUUGCUCAUCUUCUUCCUCUUCAUCGGCGUCAUCCUCUUCUCCAGCGCCGUCUACUUCGCAGAAGCUGAUGACCCCAGUUCAGGUUUCAGUAGCAUCCCUGAUGCCUUCUGGUGGGCUGUGGUGACCAUGACCACAGUGGGCUACGGGGACAUGCACCCCAUCACCAUUGGGGGCAAGAUCGUGGGGUCUCUCUGUGCCAUCGCUGGGGUACUGACCAUCGCCCUUCCCGUGCCUGUCAUAGUCUCCAAUUUCAACUACUUCUACCACCGGGAGACAGAAGGUGAGGAGCAAGCCCAGUACAUGCACGUCGGGAGCUGCCAGCACCUCUCCUCCAGCGAGGAGAUGAGGAAGGCUCGCAGCAAUUCCACCCUCAGCAAGUCCGAGUACAUGGUGAUCGAGGAAGGGGGGAUCAACCACAGUGCAUUCAAACAGGCUGCCUUUAAAGCAGGCAACUGCACAACCACGAACAAUCCCAACUGUGUGAACAUCAAAAAGAUCUUUACGGAUGUUUAAAAAUCAGCACUCCCCCCCCCUUCCCUAAACCAAACCCAACCAAACAGCAACAAAAUCUGAGGGUGAGGUAAAAAAUCAAACCAACAAUAACGAUGCAAAGUGACUGUGUCCUCGGUGUCGUGUGGAACAUGCACCAUCGUCGGUCUCUGUGUGCCCUCGGGUUUAGACGUUUAUUUUUUUAGCUCCUUCCUUUCUAAAGAGCCAAAUAAAGGAUCUCGGAUUCUCCGGAGGACGACGCAAAGAUAAGAGAGGAGGAAGAUGAAGACAAAACCCACUCGCUGCCCAAACAAGUGGUUGUUCUGCAACGUGUUGCAGGGCUGCUUUUGUUUUCUUGGCUUUGGGGACGUCUCGCUUUGCUCCUGGAUUUCUCCCCCUCUUUCCUUAAGGCAGCGUGUAGCUGAUUUCCCUUCCAUCACAUAAGCUCACUUGUUGGAUUAACAACCCCGGACUGGGUGGGGAGACGAGGAAAACAUGUUGCAGAGCAUGCUGGAAGGGGGGUGGGAGGAAAUGACCAUUUAAUUUUACAGAGCCUCUGUUACCACAUUGUUAAAUGAUGCUUCAUAUCAAAACGUGAUGUGCUGCUACAGGCACAUCACCGAUUCCCUUUCUCCUUCUUUAGAUCGUUCAGGAAAUCCUAAUCUGAUGGGAGACCGAGGGCAGUCAUUGCUGAUUGAAAUAGAGAAAACCAGCCCCCAAACCCUCAUUUUCUGUUCUUAAUUCCCUUCCUCUGUAACCCUUUGGCAUCAUUUCAUCCAACACCAGAUCUGUGGCCGUGCAGCAGGUCUGGGUGCGGGGAGGAGGGAGGAGAAAGGGGAUGGUUACAGGAGCUGACGGUGCACAGGGAGCGAUGCCAACGUGGACCAGGGGAUGCAGGAUCCAUGAUGGGCUCCUCUGCAGCCUCCAACAACCCAGCUGGAGACAAAGGGAUAUUUCCUCCUUGUGUUUUGGGUUUGGGAGAGAUGCAGCCGCUUAUCGCAAGGAGAUUAAAGUGGCAAACACGC